AUGGGCGGACCCCCUUACCAAGUCUUCGUCGGGAACGUCCCGUACGAUGCCACCGAGGAGCGUCUGCGAGACAUGUUCAGCGAGGUCGGACCCGUGCACGACUUCAGGCUCGUCACCGAUCGUGAAACUGGCAAGCUCAAGGGCUACGGCUUCUGCGAGUACAUGGACCUGGCGACCGCGGAGAGCGCCAAGAGGAACCUGAACGGCCGGGAGUACAACGGCAGAAACCUGAGGGUGGAUUUUGCGGACGCCGCGGAUCGCGAGGCGUUCGCCAAGAAGGCGGGCGGCGCGGGGGGGGGCGGCGGGGCGCCGAUCAACUACGACACGCCCAUCGGCGGGCCACACGCCGCAGCGGGCGGGGCGCAGAUGUCCGCCGCGGGGAUGGGUCAGGGGGGCGGGAUGGACCAGAUCACAAACAGGAUCUCGGAGAUGUCGCCCGCGCAGCUGUUCUCGGUGAUGAACCAGCUCAAGCAGCUCAUCGGGCAGGACCAAACCGGGGCCAGACAGCUGCUGGUUCAGAACCCGCAGCUCACGUUGGCCAUCUUCCAGGCGCAGCUCACGCUGGGGAUGACCAAGGCGCCGGGGGCGGUUCAGAACGGUCAGGGCAUCCCGGGAGACGGCGCGCCCCUGCCGGGCCCGCCGCGGCCGAUGGGCGGCUACCCAGGCAAUCCCGCGCCCGGCUACGGAGCCCCUCCCCCGCCGCCGCCCGGUCAACAGGGUUACGGCAUGGGCGGCGGCGUGAUGCGUCCGGGUCCUCCCCCGGGACCGCCGGCGGUUGGCGGCGUGGCGCCGUUGCCGCCGCCGCAGAUGUCGCAGAUGGGGGGCAUGGAUCAGCAGCAGGCGCUGCUGCAGCAGGUGAUGAGCAUGACCCCGGAGCAGAUGGCGAUGCUGCCACCGGAUCAGAGGCAACAGGUGGAGAUGCUCAGACAGCUCGCCUCGCAGCAGAUGAUGUGAACCCGUCAUUAGAGAACCAGCGAUUGAGAACACAACCGCCAAUCCUUCGUAGUCCCCGCGCUUCGGCGAUGUUGCGGAGAGUGACGACACCCUGACGUUAAAAAUGCACAAGCUCCAUCUGAGAUCUGUGAUGCUACGUCAAUCGAUUCUGACUCUGCAACGUCAUCAAAGACACUCUUUUACAAUAUU